AGUUAUAAUGUCAAAGCCGUCCAUAGACGGUUUCCUUAAUUGGCCAGCUUGUAGUUCACAAUAACAUUGUUGAUUUUACUACCUAUAUAAUGCCAACUUUGUACCUGUAAUUUGCAUGAAAAACAUCAGCAAGUGACGCUCUAAUGGCAAACCAAAUUUCAUAUUUUUCACGGCUUAUUCUAAUUGCUCUAUUAAAUAGUCUGCUUAUCACCUGCCAUGGAAUAUCAUAUGAUAGAAAGGCAAAUAAUUUUCUCCAUAAUCCUCUUUAUUAUCAUUUUAUCUUUCUUUUUUUUCUUCGUUUCUCUUCACAUAUAUGUUGAACAAUGCGGCCCAUUUCUCCAUAAAAAUGGAGCUCAAUGAUUUUUUUUUCCAUGCCAUGCACAAAAGAAUGAUCUGUAGAUACAUAAAUGCCCGAGUACUGUUAAAAUUAAUCAUUUUGUAAAAGCAGGUGUAUAUUGUGUACAUGGGAGACCAUCUGAAGGGUGAUAUCUCUUCAUCAUCAGCUCUUCAUAUCAGCAUGCUACAAGAAGUUGUUGGCAGUGAUGGAUCAGACUCAUUGAUCUAUAGUUACAAAAGAAGCUUCAACGGUUUUGCUGCAAAGUUGACCAAUGAGGAAAUGCUUAAACUGGCUGGCAUGGAAGGAGUGGUCUCUGUGUUCCCAAGUGAAAAGAAAAGGCUCCAUACGACAAGGUCAUGGGACUUCAUGAGCUUUUCCAAACAUGUUAGAAGAAGUACUGUGCUUGAAAGCAACAUCAUCAUCGGAAUGCUUGACACAGGAAUUUGGCCAGAGUCUGAAAGUUUUAGUGAUGAAGACUUUGGUCCUCCUCCAACCAAAUGGAAGGGCAUUUGCCAAGAGUCUUCCAAUUUCACCUGCAACAAUAAAAUAAUCGGUGCUCGAUACUACCGUAGCGAUGGAUACUUUGGUCCAGAUGAUAUUGUUUCUCCAAGAGAUUCAGAAGGCCAUGGUAGUCAUACUUCAUCAGCAGCAGCAGGGAACUUAAUUCAUCACGCAAGCAUGGAUGGACUUGGCUCAGGAACUGCUCGUGGAGGAGUUCCGUCUGCGCGAAUUGCUGUGUAUAAAAUUUGUUGGUCUGAUGGUUGUUAUGAUGCUGACAUUCUUGCAGCAUUUGACGAUGCUAUUGAUGAUGGAGUUGAUAUAAUUUCAAUUUCUGUUGGAGGUUUUUCUGCAAAAGACUACUUCAAUGACUCGAUUGCUAUUGGAGCUUUCCAUGCCAUGAAGCAUGGCAUACUUACAUCAGCUUCUGCAGGCAAUUCAGGUCCUUAUCCUGCAACCAUGUCAAAUUAUGCACCUUGGUUUCUCUCAGUUGCUGCUAGCACCAUUGAUAGGAAAUUCUUCACCAAGGUUAAGUUAGGAAAUGGAGACACCUAUGAGGGAGUAUCUAUAAAUACAUUCAACCUUAAUCAUAAAAUGUACCCUGUAAUUUAUGGUGGAAAUGCACCAGAUAUCGAUAAAGGAUUCAAUGAGUCUGUAUCCAGAUACUGCAUCAAGAAUUCCUUGGACAAGACCUUGGUGAAAGGAAAAAUUGUCCUUUGUGAUUAUAUAAGUAGUGGAGAGACGCAAUUAGUUGCUGAAGCAAUUGGUACUAUAAUGCAAGAUGGAUAUUACCAAGAUGCUGCUUACAAUUUCCCUUUACCAGCUUCACAUUUGAACUUGGAUGAUGGAUUUGAAGUUUCAGAAUAUGUGAACAGAACUAGAAAACCAACUGCAACAAUAUUCAAGAGCAUUGAGAAAAAGGAUAAACUGGCCCCAUAUGUAGUUUCAUUUUCUUCACGAGGACCUAAUCCUAUAACAAAAGACAUUCUUACGCCUGAUAUUGCAGCCCCUGGAAUAGACAUAUUAGCAGCAUGGACAGAAGGUAAUUCAAUAACAGGAUUUAUUGGGGAUGAUAGAGUACUUCCAUUCAACAUAAUUUCUGGAACAUCCAUGGCUUGCCCACAUGCAACAGCAGCAGCAGCUUACAUUAAGUCAUUCAAUCCAACAUGGUCUCCUGCUGCCCUCAAGUCUGCUCUGAUGACAACAGCAUUUCCCAUGAGUCCUGAAACUAAUCCAGAGGCAGAGUUUGCAUAUGGAGCAGGACAUUUAAAUCCUGUUAAGGCAAUUAACCCUGGUUUAGUAUACGAUGCUGGAGAGAAUCAAUUCAUACAGUUUUUAUGUGGACAAGGAUAUACGACUAAACAACUACGACUUGUUGCUGGGGACAAUAGCAGCUGUUCUAAAGUACCGAAAACAACCUCUUCAGAUCUAAACCUGCCUUCUUUCACUUUAUCCGCCCUGUCUGGCCAAUCUGUCGGUCGUGUCUUUCACAGAACUGUCACCAAUGUUGGAUCAGCUGUUUCUUCUUACAAGGCCAUUGUAAAUGCUCCAAAAGGGCUCAAGAUCAAUGUUACACCUGAUGUUCUUUCUUUCAAGAAUCUCGGAGAACAGAAGACCUUUAUUGUUACUGUAAUAGCGAAGAUGGGUUAUGCUUCAAUAUCUGGAUCUUUGAGUUGGGAUGACGGAGAGCAUCAAGUUAGAAGCCCUAUUCUUGCUUAUGUUUCUUCCUGA